GCUCGAACAUAGACGGGAAAUUUUAGUCAUUUUCCGCGGAAAAUCCGUUUCAAAAUACUCGAACAAAGUGCAUGAAGUUGCGCCAAGCGAAAGUGUAACCAAGAAAAUCGUCAAAAAUGAGUGCGAUUAAUUCACGACACGAAAAGUUAGCUCAUCAACGACAAUUAGUAGAGCAACAAAUAAAACAAAAACGUGCCAUGCCCGGAAUGAUCCAAGCAAGUGACCUACAGAUAACACGUCCCGUAUCUGCGAUGCGAAACGGCAGCGGAGGUCGAGAAAUGCACGCCUACGACGGCCCACUACAAUUCAUGAUGUCACCCGGCAAUCCUGAUCAAAUACUCAUUCAAUCGACGCCCGUUUCGUCGCCGCACACCGAAAUGAUCAGCAUCGAAAAGUUGCAUGCGUCCCAAGACAGCGAAGAUGACGAAAGUACGCCAGUGGAAGUUUUGCCGACAACUCAUAUCGGAAGCAUGGAUGAUUUGGCGGGAUCCAAACAAAUCGCGGCACCCGUGACGCCAGCACAAGUUAAUGGAAGUAGCAACGGGAGCAGUAACGGACAAGGUUUACGUUCGCCUGACAUCGAGGGCGACAUGACGGGCCAAGUUGAGCAAUUUGUGAUGCAACCAGCGCAACAAGGCGUCUUGUACAAAUGUCGCAUCGCGCGCGAUCGCAAAGGCAUGGAUCGGGGCUUUUAUCCAAUCUAUUAUCUGCAUUUAGAACGGGAUUACGGGAAAAAAGUUUUUCUACUCGCAGGUCGGAAACGGAAGAAAAGUAAAACCUCGAAUUAUGUCAUCAGUUGCGAUCCAACAGAUUUAUCGCGAGACGCUGAUGGUUUCAUCGGAAAGUUGCGAUCAAAUGUGUUCGGAACGUCUUUCACGGUAUUCGACAAUGGCGGCAAAGACAUCAACGCACCCAAUCCAAGACUAGAUUUAGCUGUAAUAGUUUAUGAUACGAAUAUUUUAGGAUUUAAGGGUCCCCGUAACAUGACUGUUUUACUGCCUGGCAUGACCGAAGAUGACGAACGUGUCAAAAUCAGUUCGAUAGACCAUCACCAACAAGGCCUUUAUGACAGCUGGAAAUCGAAAAACAUGGACAACGUCGUGGAGCUGCACAACAAAACGCCCGUCUGGAAUGACGAAACGCAAUCGUACGUGCUCAAUUUUCACGGACGUGUCACGCAGGCAUCCGUAAAGAAUUUUCAACUCGUACACGACUCCGAUCCCGACUACAUCGUCAUGCAGUUUGGACGCACCUCCGAGGAUGUCUUUACCAUGGACUAUAGGUAUCCGCUGUGUGCAUUGCAAGCAUUCGCCAUUGCGCUCAGUAGUUUUGAUGGUAAAUUGGCAUGCGAAUGAUUUUUUAUUAACUUUCUCAUCCUUCACCUGGAAUCCCGCAUCAAACCAAAGGCAACAGAGUUUCGUUAUUGUGUUAUUCUAAACCAAAAAGUAGAGAUUUAAUCCUAAUUUCUCCCUCAUAAAACAAAAAAAUUUCAACCAAAAAAUCUGAUAGUCAUAAAAAAAUUUAAUUUUACUGUAGAAACCAGUGUCUAGCAUUUAUAGUAGUGUGAUUGCGACCUUGUAGUCCUCAAAAAAAGAACUUAUCAAAACUGACUGAACCAAAAAUUAAAAAAAAUGAUGAUUACAACAUCGCGUCAAUAAGUGUCUUUAGAUAUUUACAA